AUUACAGGGAUGUUUUUUUGCUAUAUUCCGGUCCGUCAUUUCAUCUUCAUCAGCCACGGAGAAACGGACAGUAACCAGCAAAAAGCUCCAAUGAGAACUCAUAUUUUCAAGUUUCCCGCCAAGGCUGCAAAGACCUCUCUCUACCUCUUAACGGGCACCGGCGUCGCCACCUGCACCUUCCAAACCCUAAACCCUAAAUCUCUCCCACUUCCCGAUGAUUCCACACCUUUCUCCGACAAAAUUAGGAUACUGCUCGACGGUGUCGUUCGCUCCUCUCGCGCUAUCUACACCAUCACUUCCAAUGUCGUUGAUUACAAGUAUUCUUUACGCGGAUUAUCGGAGAAUUCGGAUGAGUAUCUACGCGUUCUAUCUGAGGUCCAUCUACGCUCUGCAAAGAGAGUUUUAAAAUUAUGUGAAGCCAACAAAGGUUUCUAUGUGAAAGCUGGUCAGUUUGUUGCAGCCAUGCGGCAGGUCCCUUCAGAAUACUCAUCGGCUCUUUCGUCAUUGCAGGAUCAGGCAGUUCCUUGUCAUUUCAAUGCUAUAAAAGAAGUACUAAUCAACAAUCUCGGAGCGGAUUUAUCAGAGAAAUUUUUGUCAAUAGAUAAACAACCAAUUGCUGCUGCAUCUAUCGCUCAAGUACACCAUGCCGUACUGAAAGACCAUCAGGAAGUAGCGAUUAAGGUGCAGUAUCCUGGGUUAAAGCAGACGAUGAAAUUAGACAUUGCAACUAUGUCUUUCCUCUCAAAAUCUGUUGCAUUGUUUUUUCCUGAAUACAGGUUUGAGUGGAUGGUGUCAGAAUUUGCGGAAGCUAUAGCUUUAGAACUUGAUUUCGUUCGCGAAGCUAAGAACUCAGAGAGAACAGCCAAAAACUUCAAAAACAACAGGAUAGUCAGGGUUCCUUGUGUUUUUUGGGAAUUGACAACAAGCCAGGUUUUGACAAUGGAGUUUUGUAAGGGACGCAAGGUUGAUGACUUGGAAUUUUUGAAGGAAAUGGCAAUAAAUCCAGUAAAGGUUGCAAAAGCGUUAGUGGAAGUGUUUGCUGAAAUGAUAUUUGUCCAUGGUUUCCUGCAUGGGGAUCCACAUCCUGGUAAUAUAUUUGUUUCUCCAGAAGGAUCAAAGGGCUUUACCUUAGUUAUUUUAGAUCAUGGAAUCUAUAAAGAGUUGGACGAAGGAUUCAGAUUGGACUAUUGCCGACUCUGGAAGGCUUUGAUUCUUCAAGACUCAAAUCAAGUACAGCAUCUAGGGGCACACUUUGGUGUUGGGAAGUACGCUAGAUACCUUCCCCUCAUAUUCACGGGAAGAACAAUUGACAGUAAAUCGGCUCUUGGAAAAGGAAUGUCAGCGGAUGAGAAAAAGAAUCUAAAGCAGGAAGUCAAGUCUUUAAAGAUGGAAGACAUCUCUUCAUUUAUGGAAUCUCUACCCCCUGACUUUGUUACUAUAUUGCGUACUGAUGGACUUUUAAGGUCAUUAAUUAGCAAGUUGGGUGCUCCACAACGGGCCCGGCUGCUAGCCUAUGCUAAAUAUGCUUUACAUGGCCUUUCUCCAAAGUUGAAUACUGAAUCUGAUCUUGCGGUAAAAGUUAUGUUCUCCAGAUUGAAAACAAACUUGGAUUACCUCCAAUUGAGGUUGCUCGUUGAGGUACUGGAGCUGAUUUAUUGGAUGGAGAAAGUCAGACAUUCAUAUAACGAAAGGUUUAAAAAGAUGCUCAUUUCAGCUGCUAAUCUGGUUAGAAGUUUUUGUGCUCUUCUUCCACAGCACCCCCUUAAUUUUGGUGGUGCUAUAGCGGUCAUACCUCCGGACAAGUGACAGUGUUAGUUCAAAACCUAAAGAAAAUCUAGCAAAGGUAAAAAAUUCUUUGCAGGUGUAUUUGAAUAACAAGAAACAUUGCAACCCAAGGCCACUCUCUGUUCUUCAAAAAUGUUUUCAUUCCAGUUUUUUUAAUCUAUUAAAUAAACUUUUAGUAACUGAGCUGUAAAGCCUGUAAUCCAAAUUUAAAGGUGACUGCAUGGAAUUUCAUGAUUCAAUGAAGGGGAACAGUGUCUCAACAGUUGAUCUC